GUAAACCCUCUCGCUUUGCUUCUUCCUCUCUGAUGUUAGCCGGCAACACCUAGCACUCCUAGGUGGAUGCUAUCGUACCGCCGCAUGUUUUAGAUAUUAUAAAUAUUUUUCACCGGUACCAACUCGUAAGUUACGACGAGCUAAAAGCAAAAAUGUCAGCAAGUGCGGUGUAUGUGUUAGAUCUUAAGGGCAAGGUUCUGGUCUGUCGUAACUACAGAGGAGAUGUGGACAUGUCAGAGAUUGAGCACUUUAUGCCCAUCCUCAUGGACAGAGAGGAGGAGGGCAAUUUAUCCCCUAUCCUGGCCCAUGGAGGGGUCCGCUUCAUGUGGAUCAAACACAACAAUCUGUACCUUGUAGCAACGUCUAAGAAAAAUGCCUGUGUCUCCUUGGUCUUCUCUUUCCUCUACAAAAUUAUCCAGGUUUUCUCCGAGUAUUUUAAAGAGUUGGAAGAGGAGAGUAUCAGAGAUAACUUUGUCAUCAUCUAUGAGUUGAUGGAUGAGCUGAUGGACUUUGGCUAUCCUCAGACUACUGACAGCAAGAUCCUUCAAGAGUACAUCACCCAAGAGGGGCACAAGCUGGACACAGGGGGCCCGCGUCCUCCUGCCACCGUCACCAACGCUGUGUCCUGGAGGUCAGAGGGCAUCAAGUACAGGAAGAAUGAAGUCUUCCUGGAUGUCAUCGAGUCUGUUAAUCUUCUGGUCAGUGCGAACGGUAACGUGCUGCGCAGUGAGAUCGUGGGCUCCAUCAAGAUGCGUGUGUUCUUGUCAGGGAUGCCUGAGCUGCGUCUGGGCCUCAAUGAUAAAGUUCUGUUUGAGAACACUGGCCGAGGGAAGAGUAAAUCAGUGGAGCUGGAGGACACGAAGUUCCACCAGUGUGUGCGUCUGUCCCGCUUUGAGAAUGACCGUACCAUCUCCUUCAUUCCCCCCGAUGGAGAGUUUGAGCUCAUGUCCUACCGCCUCAACACACACGUGAAGCCCCUGAUCUGGAUAGAGUCUGUGAUAGAGAAACACUCCCACAGCAGGAUCGAGUACAUGAUCAAGGCCAAGAGUCAGUUCAAGAGGCGCUCCACAGCCAACAACGUGGAGAUCCACAUUCCAGUUCCCACAGACGCAGACUCGCCCAAGUUCAAGACCACGGUGGGCAGUGUCAAGUGGAUCCCAGAGAACAGUGAGGUUGUCUGGUCCAUCAAGUCAUUCCCGGGGGGUAAGGAGUAUCUGAUGAGAGCCCACUUCGGUCUGCCAAGUGUGGAAGCAGAGGACAAGGAGGGGAAGCCCCCCAUCAGUGUGAAGUUUGAGAUCCCCUACUUCACUACCUCUGGCAUCCAGGUGCGCUACCUGAAGAUCAUUGAAAAGAGUGGUUACCAGGCUCUGCCAUGGGUUCGAUACAUCACACAGAACGGAGAUUACCAGCUCCGAACCCAGUAGAAGCUGCAGCAGAGGAAGGAAGGACCCAUAUUUCAAGGAUGUAUAUUUACCUAUAGUCCUAUGUCAUGGACCGUUGUUGUCAACUGUCUUUAUUUUUGUUUUCAUUUCCAUCUUAAAGUUUGGUUCAAAU